AUGGAGCCCGACGCGCUCGUGCAGUGCCCGUACGACCGGAGCCAGGUGCGCGUGUCCCGCCUGCCCUAUCACCUGGUGCGGUGCAAGCAGAACAACCCGCAGGUGUCGCGCACCUUGGCCACGUGUCCCUUCAACGCGCGCCACCGCGUCCCCCGCGCGCACCUGCGCAGCCACGUCACCUCCUGCCCCGACAAACUUGCCGCUCGAGCUGCCCCCAGACCCCGAGGACGCCCCCCGAGCAGCCUGGCAGCCCCCCCCGAGCUGGCAGCCCCCCCCGUGCCGGGAGGACUGGGACGCAGAGCUGAGCGAGCUGGAGCUGGAGGAGCCCCCCCGUUCAUCCUCCAGGUCACCAAGGGGGACCUGCCCGUCCCCUGCCACAGCCCCGACCCCGCCACCCCCCCGGAGGGGCUGUCACCGAGGAAAUCCCGGCCGGCGACAGCCACAGCCCCCCUGGGGACAGCCACCGCCCGCCUGGGGACAGCCACCGCCCGCCUGGGGACAGCCACCGCCCGCCUGGGGACAUCACGGCCCCGGCCGGUGACAUCGGGAGGAUUCCUCCUUUUUUCCCUCCCUCGGGAUCUCUCCGCCUUUUCCUCCUCCCCCUUCCCCUGUCCGUGA